AGAAUUAAUCUGAAUGCUCAAACUUAUCUGGCUAUAUUUUGUAGCUGAUUAAAAAAAAUCAACACUUCUCUCAGAAUUAUUGGAGAUAGGCGUGAAACUUAAUAUAUUUCAGUCACUAGGCUGGUUUAUUUUACUAUUGAAAAUGCCACCAACAGUGCAGACCGGUAGAAGGGAUGACAGAGAAAAAAGGUCACGGCCGGGGGAAAAACGGUAAUAUAUAAAAAUUAUUUACUAUUUAGUCCAGAAGACCACCGAGUGAGUAGUAGACGUAGUGUAGUAUUAUAAUAAUUAUUAGUAGACGUACGUAGAGUAGUGAAGCAGUGUAGUGUAAGUAAGUGAGUGAGCAGCUGAGAGCAAUAGUCAUCUAUGACUCCGAUUGAGUCAUAGUAAUUUAAGUAAUGUGUGUAUUUUAGUAGUGUGAGUCAAGACUAAGAGUGUCAGUGUCACCAAAAUUUUAUGUGAGUAUUUUGUGAGAGGUAAAACUUAAAACUCUGUCUGGGUACCAACCCUUCACAAAUUCAAUUUUUAAAAUAUUUUGAAUCAAUUCAGAUGCCUGGAUGCCUAGGCCUAAUCUACAGCCCAGUCUACAACGACUUAGUCUUAAUACUUAGGAAGUGACGGGGUGGGCGAGUUAAGCCCUAGUAGUAGUAACUGCAGCUUCCUAUGGCUAUGACUAUGGCUCAAUUUGUUAUUGUGACAUAUGCAUGCACAGUACAAUUGACUAUUCCCAUUUCUGACAUAUUGCAGACUACAUGCCACUGUCACCUGAUUACACCUGUUGAAAUAUCUCUAAAAUUAUUCUUCACAGUAUUUAUUUAAAAAAACGCAGCUGAGACUGUGAGGCUAGAGGAGUGAUUGCAGGUUGUUGGCGGAUUUACUUGCAUUUCUGAGAGAAACAAUAAAUAUAGAUACUAUGUUCAAUUGUGCACUUGUUACUAAGUUUUGUUUAUCAAUUUUAAAUCAUGCCCCAUCUGCAUGUAAUAAUAAUAUGUAAAAGAAAAAUGUUAGCAUCAAUGAAAUUAAUUCUUUGUGAAUAAAAAUCAUUCAGUGGUUGAUAUUUUACCAGAUAUCAUUUAGUCAUUAAUAAGACUAUUCACUUGACCUCUGCACCAUUCAGUGAAAGCAUCAAUUAACAUGUAGUAAUAAGUAAAGAAGCAAUUUUUAUUUUUAUUUGUACCUGUAAUAAAGUAACAACAGUAUUAUGUUAAACUGAGAUCAACAGAUAAUAACACAAAAUCAGAUGAUGAGGUCCAUACUACUAGUUAAUGCCGGUAGUACAUUGAUAGACAGACCAUAAAAAGUACAAACGAACUCACUAUUACAAUUACAUCAUUUUAAAAAAAAAGGCAUAGCUCAAAAACUUCAAAACAUUUUUGAUGUUUUUUUAAUUUGGUCUAUAAAACUAUCUAAUUUUUAUACUCCAUAAAAUUUUUUUUGCAGUAACCGCUAAAGCUACCUUCAUCCCGAAUUUAGGUAAAUCUAAUGUGGGAAAGGAAGCAUUGCACUCUACCCAUAGCAAAUUAUGCUUUGGGCGCUUUGCGCUAUACUUAUCUCGUAAUAUGUUUAGGUCGUGUCUCACCCUAUGCCUACUACUUAUAACCGAAAGGCCUAUACUAUAGUCUGUUUCAAAUAUUUAGUUAAAAAACGGGCCUAUCAAGAAGAAGUCUUCAACACUAAUAACUAAAUAAUUAGGCCUAAUUUAUCUAAAAGUGAUUGGGUAGGGUAAGAUGAGCCCUGUCAGAAAUUUGGUCUCGGGGGGCAGAUUUUCUUCUGCACAUGUUCAUGUCAAAUAAAUUUAACUAUAACUUUUUGCCCCUUGGCUGAAAUGCAUUUUCAUUAGUUUACAAAUUUUAAAAAAUAUUGAAAUAUCUAAGCUAAGGAAAAAAGCUAAUAAAUAUCCAUAAUUUAAGAAUUAUAUUUUUAUAUCUGAGUGCUUUGAAACGUGUGUUAGAUCAUUUUCUUUAUAAGAUUUAGUAUCUUUAGAUUUUUAAACUACAGGUCCAAAGUAUACUAAUUAGAAUGUUUCAUGUGAAACUGGUCACUCAUGUCCUUAGCCAUCAAUGACUGCUUUCCAAAAAACGUUAAAAUUUACGAUAGGAAAAAAAAUAAUUCAUUCAAUAAUUUUAAAUAAAUUGUAUGCCACUCCUUGCUGCAAUGGGGUUGAAAUCAUAAGGGAAAUAAUUUUUAAUAAAUACACAAGUACUUAUAAGUAGGGGAACCAUUGUGUCUUCGAAUACUUAAGAAUGCAGUUGAAGUAUAUUUUAGCGUCUAAUUUUACAAUAAAAUAAAAUUAUAUAAUCUUAAUAAUAUUGAUUUGUAUUCAUCACAAGCCCCCAAAAUUUGAAAUGUGGAAUUAUUUCCCCAUUCAGCUUCAUUUUGUAAUAUAUUUCUAGCUAAGCCAACUGUUGAAGGGAGGUUUCUGUUGUUGUCUCUUACACAGCUCUCUUUGUUAGAGCCUGGCAGAAGAGACACCACUUAAUUCAGCAUAUGACCACUUAUAGUGCAACGCCCUAACUUUUUAAAGCGCUGUUUAUUUAUUCCAUAACAUGAUUUUUUUUCCCACUGGAACAUUGAACCAUAAUGUUAUAAAACAAUAAACUCAUCAAGACAGACAGCAUUUCGCUAGAUUUAAUUAAAUUAAAAACCCUUACGCUUAUUUACAGGAAACUAUAAUACUAGAGCUGGCAUAAAAGUUUUAAAAAAUCAAAAUUUAAUGAAUGUAUAAAGUGCUCACGAAAACAUUUUUUAAUUAAAAAAAAAUCUUGCAUUUUAUGCAGUAAUAUACUGUACUUUGUACUUAGAUAAACCUAAGGGCAGGGGCUUAAAACUUUCAAGAGAAAAGCUGCUUAAACUUAUUUCUGUCGCAUUUUGGUGGUGAACUCCACAGUCCUGAAAGGCAACUGAGAAGAAAUAAAUGAAAGUUGUAUAGAAGUUUAAUAAUAAUAAUAAAGUGUAUUUCAAAAACACGCUUCAUCCCCAAAGGCUCGAAGCGCGGAACAAGAGUAAAAAAUCUAUAAUUUACCACAUUUAAAACAAACGCAACACUACAAAAACUAAUUACAAGCAUACAAUGUCAAAGUCUUUCAACCCAUUUCAACCGUGAGCAACACAGCUAAUAUGCAUUAAAUGGAAAAUAUGGUAGACGAUCAUCCCAGAAAGUGUUUGCGAAAUAAAUGUGUCUUUAAAUCGGUUUCAAAGGACUCCAGUGUCUGAUUGUUUCUGAGAUCGACUGGAAGGGCGUUCCAAAUUGUUGGACAAGCAAAUGUGAAAGUGCGCUUUCCGCAAGUCUCAAGGCGAACACGUGGUGUCAAGAGUUUGCCACUGUCGGAUGAGCGGAGUUGUCUAGUGGGUACAUAAGGCGUCAGCAGCUCUUUCAGAUAGGACGGCGCCAGGCCAUGUAAACAGCGGUAGCACAAAGUUGCGAUUUUGUACUCAAUGCGAGCACGGACCGGCAGCCAGUGCAACUCUCUCAGAAGUGUUUUUGCAUGGUCGAACUUGCUUUUGCGGAGAACAAUUCGAGCUGCAUUAUUCUGUGCUAUCUGAAUUUUAUCCAGGAGCGUAGCUGGAAGACCCACCAUGAGAGCAUUGCAAUAGUCCAUGGGUGAUAGCACAAAUGCAGACAUCAACCUCUUUGUUGCAUCAAUUGUUAAGCUUGGUAUUUAAGUAAAGAUGGCACUUUCAAAAAUUAUUAUUUUUUAUUGAAAAUUUAAGCUUAAAAAAAAUUAUUUUAAUUACCAUUUUAUUUUAAAUACCAAUAUUUAAUGUUGACUUAUUUUAUUUAUGUUAAUAGAAUUUACUAUCAGCCUCAACAUUUACAUUUCACAGAUCUGAAUUGGUAUGCAGAGUGAAGUUUAAUAAUACUUUGCCAGAUAUCCCUUUUGACCCCAAGUUCAUCACAUAUCCAUUUGAGUCAAACAGGUUUGUUAUAUGUUCUCAUUAAUUCAUUAGUAAAUUUGAAUUAGCUACCAUUAGUUCCUUAAGUUUUUUUAAGUGAUGACUUGUUAGAUAUCACUCAGCUUGUUUCUGAGAUAUGUGGUUUAAAGUAACAUAAAUACUGGAUCAGAAUACUUUGUAGGUUUUUAUUCUUGAAUUUUAAAAAUAAAAUUGUUUAAUGCUCUUGAGCUAUGAUAAUAAUAUAAAUUACUAACAUCAUAUAUACAACCCUUCUAAAAUUAUUUUAACUAAUAUAUAUUAGAUCAAUAUUAUAUUUAUUUAUAAAACAUUCAUGAACAGAUUUUACACUUACAAGCCAACAUCAUUGGAAAGAUCUUUCAAAUAUGACCUUCUGACUGAACAUGAUUUGGGUGUCAAUAUUGAUCUCAUUAAUCCAGAUACAUAUAAAAUUGACCUCAAUGGUAAGAAAUGGAUAUUAAUUGUUCUGAAUAUGUAUAUGCAAAGUUUUCAAAAAUAAAAUGCAAUGUCGAGUUAUCAGUAGUGCUAGUGUACUUACCGUUAGCUGUACGUUGACCCAAAAACUGGGUACACACACACAGCUGUGGAUGCUUCACUGAAAUCUCAUACCAAGCCACAUGCAUCAUUGCUGACUGCUCAAUCUGUCAGCCUCUAACAUCGGGAGCAGAGAGGACACUAAUAAAAAUCAGUGGGUUUUUCACUUGAUACCACCGACUGUGAGAGAGCAUAGGCCUAAUGGCACUAGCCAGUGGUGACAAAAUUAUAAAAAUCCAGAAUUUCGUAGCCCCGCAUUUUACCCUUAACUUAUCCACCAAUCAUAUCAUAUUUCAUAAUUGUUGGUAAAAAAAAAAAAGCCUCGCCUUAUAGAUGAGAUAGACUUUUAGACGAGUAUAUACAGUAAAUAUAAAACUGUAUUUCCACCAAGCAGCCACUCAGCACACUACUACAUUAAGUAUAAAUAUAAAUUAUUGAUAGCGAUGGAAUGCAUGGGUUCCACAAGUAUAAAUUAAAUGAUUUCCAUUAAUUGUUUCCGCCUCCUUUUAUUUAGCUUACCCAGAGCCAGAAGAUGAAAGGCUGCUGGAGGAAGACCUCAAUGCACCUGGAGAUUCUAAAAGGUUAACUGUACAAUGUUGUGCUUAAACUCUUUCUGCAUGAUUAAUGUUCUUUACUAAUAAUUCAAUUGUUACAUAAAUUAUGCUUAUUCCAAAUGAUAGAAUUCAAAACAAUCUUUCAUAUUUCUUAUUUCCUUUUAUUUUAAAGAUCAAGGCAUCACAAUACAAAUGUAUCUUGGCUGCGCAAGACAGAGUACAUAUCUACUGAAUACAACAGAUUCAUCCAAAAAGCUGAUAAGUCAGAGGCAAAGUAAGUGAAAAUUGGUCAUUGAAUCUGAACACUUUGCCAGGUUUCUGAAGUUUUAUUUCUAGCUGUCAUUUACUCUAUCUCAGUAUGUCAGACACUAUAUAAGCAUUAGCAUCUGCAGAAAUAAUUUUUUGAGAGUGGUGACGUUUGAUAUGAUCAUUCUCUUAAUAGUGCUCUGUAAGAGUAAAAAGACAGAAGACAUUAUUUUUGCAAUCUGGGAUGGCAAGCCCAUGUAGUGCUUUGCUUUCAAAUCUGGACACUCAUUAAUUAUUAAUUUCAUUCCCCUCUUAUUGAAAUUACAUCCUUUCAAACAGUUAGUUAUAUUCUUUUUGAACUAUGUUAAAGUUAUAACAUUGAAAUUUUCAAUUUGUGUUAAUUCUAAGUUAAUGGAAAUAUUGUUCAUUAUCUAGAGUUGGUUUUAAAAUCAAGAGAAUAAUGAAAGAGGAGGAUCUUUACAAAGAUAGAGAAAGUCAAAUCAAUGCCAUUAACAAUACUUUUGAAAAGGCAAAACACCCGGUAAGUUUCACUUUUUUCUUAAAGUAUCACUUAGUUUAUUUUAUUUGAUAAUGUAGACAAUGAUAUUGUGCCUUUUCUUCACUUUUUUUUUUCUUUCACCCACGUUUGAAGUGUUAUUAGGGCCCAACUUAGGGGGGCCCAGGGGUUAAGACAGAUAGACAUCUUUUUAAUUAUCUCUCUUAAGUGGUAAAAGUAUCCAAUUUCUCAAAAAUGUUAUUCAAACUUUCUAAAACAUUAAUAGGAUUUAAUUUAUAGAAGUUUUGUAUUGUGACAUGGUUAUGAUCCUAUUACAUUCUAACAAAUCUUUUGCCCCAUUAAGAUUCAGAAACACUACAGUAAACCUGGUGUGACACCAGUUCAAGUCAUGGAAGUUUUUCCAGACUUCAAGGUAUGACACUUUGUUUGCUUUGAUAUGAUAUUUGAAAUAUGUUAGGCUCAUAUUUUUCCAACACUUAAUUUGUUACAUAAUACCUUAACAUUGACGACUGUCAUGCGCGUUUUACUUGCUUAAUAUAAGUUUUCUUUCUUUACGUUAGCUGUGGAAACAUCCUUUUGCCCAAGUCCUUUUUGAUUCUGACCCAGCUCCCAAAGGAUAUUCUGCGCCUGUGCAGAUUGAGGAAAUGUCUCAGGCUAUGAUACGGUACAUAGUUUCUCAAACACCUUGACUCUCAAAAUUUUUUUACUUAACUAGCAAUGUUUCUGUGAACGUGUAACCAAAGGUGUUAUGGCUGUUUUACUGCAGCAAUGGAUGUUGUGCGUACACAUUUUUGUUUUUAUCAACGGUCUUGUAAUGAAAAAUGUAUUUUUAUCAAUUUAGUGGUGCUGUUGAUGAAAGUGGGGAGCAAUUUGUUGCCUAUUUCCUUCCAACUGAUGAAACGCUCGGUAAAAGGAAGCGUGACGCAGAACUUGGAAGAGAAUAUGAGGAGGGUGAUACGUAAGUCUUCAAAAAUGUUUUGUUCCACUGACAACAGAUUUAUUACUCAAAAUGCGUUCUGUUUUCGAAUUAUUAUUGCAUAUACCUAUACUUUAUUUAUGCUAUUCAGUUUAAUUAGCAGGUCAUGUUUUGUAAAUUCAUCACUGAAAUGAUUUUAGAAUGGAACAACAAGUUAAAUUUUUUAAUACAUUUGCUCAUUUAUUUAGAUAUGAAUACCUGCUUGCAAGAGAAUACAAUUGGAAUGUCAAAAACAAGUUGUCUAAAGGUUAUGAAGAAACCUACUUUUUUAUAAUGCGUGAUGAUGGUGUCUACUACAAUGAACUGGAAACAAGGUUUGUUAUAAAUUAUUACAAUUAAUAAAUAAUGGAACAUGUUAUGCAUCAUGAUAUAUUUUGUUUCUCUAUGUUAAACAGAUCUAUAAAAUGUAUUUUUCUUUUUCCACACUAUUAUUAACUUACAGCAAAGUUAAUGCAGUGGCAUCAGUAGUGGGGUGCGGGGGGGCUGCCCACACCAGGGGACUCCAUCAAAGGGCGGUGACACCAAACAGAAAAUUUUACAAAUUCGGCUCGAGUCAGUUAAAUAUAAAAACAGGGUGCCAACAGCAGGAUUCCACCAGAGCAUGAUGAUUUAUCUGAAAGUAAACUUUUUUAAACACCCAGGCUUCGAAGGAUCAUGAAAGCAGCAAAUAUUAGUCAUGAUGUUACUGAAGGAGACUUUCUAGAAUCUCUUCCAAUACUCUCAUGAAGCUUGCAAUUAUUUCUCGCGAUCUGUGGUUUCAUGUGAGAGGAGAAUUUCAAAACUGAAACUUAUAAAUAACUGUUUGAGAUCUAUCAAGGAAUAGUCCGAGAUUUCUGGUCUUGCUGUUUGUCAAUUGAAAAUGAUAUGGAGAAGAAUGUUGAUUUCGAUGAAAUGGUUGACAGGUUAUACACCACAAAAGUAUAGUUUUAACUAAAGUUGAAUGUUUGAAUAAAAAGUAAUUUUUUUAAAUGCUGUUACAUGAAAUUCUAGUUUUUUUGUGUGAUGCGUUUUGUUACCUAUAAGUAAUUCUGUAUGAUCUGUUUAAGAACAUCUCCUACCAUAUGGUUAUUGAGAAAGGUAAGUCUAUUCAAUCCAUCCCACCUGAUGGUGGGAUGGAUUGAAUAGACUUACCUUUCUUACUUACCCUAUGUAAUUUUUUUAAAGUCAGUUUAAAAUUAUCUAAAUUUUCAGAGUUCGUCUGAGUAAACGAAGAAAAACAGUUGCAAACGCUCAGUUAAGGUCACGUCUAAUAGUUAAACACAGAGAAUUGCAGGAAAAAGAAAUAGAUAGUCAGGUUUGUCUAAUAUUUUUUGCAUCCAUUAAAUUAUUGUGGCGAUUCUUUGAAAAACUUUAAUGUAUAAUUAAUUAGAGUUAAAUUUUGUGUUUCGAAAUGGUUUUCUUUUUAGUAACCAUGUUAUAAUACUAUUACUGGUUAAAUAAAUUUUAAGAUUAUUUAGAUAUUUUUGGAUUUUAUAUGGAAAUUGUUUUUUUAAAGUGUUAUUUCAUUUGUUUAAAAAAAUUCUUUUCAUACGGGGAUUGUAUUUAACAAUCUUACAUUCCAUUCCAUUGUGUAAACGUUUUAUUUUCAUUUUUCGCUAAGGAGGGACGCAUGCAAAUGCUAGAACCACCUGGUGAGGAGGAAGAAGAAGAAGAACCCAUGCCUAGCCUGACAGCAGAAGGUAUUUUAUUUAACCAGUUAUGCGCCAAAAUUAAUGUUUUCAAUAUUCUUACUGCUACUUUUUCAGAAAAACUUGUAAUUAAAAUCUUUCUUUUUUUUUUUUAAAACAGUAAUUUUACAAUUUUUUCUUUAGAAAAAUCUCAACAUAUUUAAUCCUAUAUAUUUUUCUUUUAAAUUAAUUAUCACACUAACAUUAAUUUUUUGAAGCUGAAAAUGAAGGGCAGUAAAAUAGAUUUUAUGAUUUUUUUAAAUUAACCAUUUCUAUAAUUUAACAUUUACUUAAAAAUAAAUAUUCAGCUUCCUUUAGUGGUAUGUUUAACUUAUAAAUUAUUUCUUAAAUGAAAUUAUUUAUAUCUCAAUUUACACUUAGUUACCUCAGAGGGACUUAGAGAUGUUGGCUCUGAUCAUGACAGUGAUGAUGAAUUAAACAACUCGGACAAGGAUGAUGACAAAGCCAGUGUCAAAUCUGCAGGUAGUGCUAAAAGCAGAAGUAGGAGUCGCAGCGUCAGUCGCAGCAGAAGCAAAAGUGUUAGUAGAAGCCGUAGCCGAAGUAGCAGUAAAAGUGCUAGCCGCAGCAGAAGUCGGAGCGUGAGCAGAAGUAAGAGCAGGAGUGCAAGCAGGAGUCGGAGUAAAUCAGGCAGCAGGUCCAGAAGUGUUAGCAGAAGUCAAAGCAGGAGCCCAAGUAGAAGUAGGAGCAGAAGUAAGAGCCCAAGUGAACAAGGCAGUGGAAGUGAAGAUGAAAAAACCAAAGGAAAGAAAGACGAAGAGGAGAUUUUCGGUUCUGCCAGCAGUUCAGAAGACAGCGAUUAAGUUGGAGAUUUAUUAUCAUAACUUCAAUUUUUAUUUGAUUAGUGACAAUAUAAUACAAUCUUAAUGCAGUUAAUGAUACUCAUAAAAAGAGGUACAAUUGUGAACAGCUAGGAAGGAAGUUAACAUUAUUGACACAGCAAUUUAGAAAGAACAUUUUAAACUGGAGACCUCUGCCUUAUAAGUUAUAUUUGUUUAACCCUCUGAAGACGUAAGGGCCGAUCUAUCGGCCCGAGGUACACUAGCGAGAAAGACGUCAAGUCCGAGCCGUCGGUCUGAUAGAUCGAGCCUCACGAUUGGCUGGCUUGGCGUUGUACCAGCGAAUCAAAUUUAUUCAUACAUAUUCCUGCACAUCCCGGCAUUGUAAUGGCGGCGUUCGUUGAAGGUGAACUCAAUUUAUUUGUUUGCAGGAAUUUUUUUGUGUGUGUGUAGUUACAUCGUGAAUUUCGAACAUGUCUGACAGUGACUCUGAUCAAACUGUGCUUAGUAAUUUUGAUAUUCUAGCAGUGAAUUUGACACUGAAACUGCUGAAAACAACCAGGGAAUUAAUGAAGACUUUCAAAUUGAGGGUAAUGCUAAUGUUGUGAACUCUUGGUUUAGUAUUACUAGUAUUAGGGGUCCUCAAAUGGACAGAGAUGACCCCUCUGAAUUUUUAGACAACAUAAGUCCUAUAAAUAAGUCAUAAGCACCCCAUUUGAGUAUUUUAUGCUAUUUUUUACACUAAAUAUCACUCAAGUGUUAAUGAGAGAGACCAAUUGAUAUGCAGACACAUUUGUCAGUAACAUUCAGCUUAAGAGAAGGUCCCUAGGUUAUAAAUGGGGGCCUGUUACAGUGUGUCUGUAACAACUGAAAAAUAGGGGGUGGGGGUGGGAAAGGAGUAGAACCAUGUGCCAAAGGUGUCUGAAGGGCCUUCAUGGGCCCUUUUCCCCCCAAAAAAUAAGUAUUAGGACUUAUUCAGGCUUCAUACAUCAAAAAAUUCAUACAAUUGAUACAAGUAAGUCAUGUUUGUUCUAGGUGUAACAAAAAAUUACACGCAUAAAUUAUGCAAAUAAGGGUACCUCAUUUGCAUAAAUUUUGAUAUGUCAGUUUGAUUCAUAAAGAUUGUAUUAGUUCAUUCAAUUUCCUACAAGAAUAUUAUAGUUUUACAUAUAUUAAGGGAAUAGUUUAUUUUUUAUAAAUUUUUUUGCAAUGCGAGUCUCGAGCUCGUAAAAAUUGCUCCGUCUUUUUGGCACAUACACCCCGAAAAGGCUCCGUCUCCAGAGGGUUAACUGGUUAUCAAAUGAAAUUAUGUUAAAUUAAAUUUCAAUAAUUUAUACGCAAGUUUUGUAUAUUAGUAUUUUAAAAGAAUAUGAAACAUAGCACCUUGUGUGUUGUUAUCUAUGUCAAGUAACAAUAACAUGUACAAAAUUUUUAUUUUUGAAGGAAUUAAUAAAAUAACAGUAAAACAGCCCCAUAGAUUUUUAGGGUUUACAUAUUUUGAAGUUAUGUACCAGUCCUAAAUGUAUUAGUAUUAGUGAAUGCAUCUUAAAAUUUUUGGAAUGCAUGAUUUUGUUCUAGGUUUCUUCAAAAUUAAAGUCAC